UGGAGUUUCGGUGAGAAACGGGAAGACGGAACGCUCCCCGGAGUGGGCAGAGCAGGGCACAGCCCGAGAGUUCGUGGCACUGGGCGUCCAGAGGCUGACGCGGGGGAGACCCCAGCGAAGAUGCUCGGUGUCCCCGGGCAGUCGUGUGUGAAAUCCCACGGCGGCUUUCCCGACCCCUCGGAAGACCAGAAGUAUUUGAAAUCUAUCUCUUUCUUGGGGCCGGCAAAACUUUAAAGGCAGCUAAAGCGGAGAUUCUGUUUGUGUAAAGGUGACCAGACGUGAUUCCUGUGACACUUGUCUGGGAGGAACCAUUUCUGCCACCGCUAUGGCUUUGCGAGAUAAGUGUUCCGACAGAAUGGAGCCAGGGUCCAAGGCUUGAACAAAGCCGAGAGCCGCUCUGCGUCAGCGUGCUGGACCUGAGUGGACUCUCGGUGACAUCUUGAAAGACAUUUAGGGGUAUCCAGAUAUUUAAGAUGUGAUACAAUACAGCUGACUAUUCCCUUCUAAAAUUACAUAUUUUGCUAUUCCACAAUUCUUCAAAUUUAUAAUUUCGUUUUAUUUAAAGAUUGAUCAAGUGGUCUCAUUCAAAUAAACCACUUUUCACAGGUUCAAAAAUCACAAAUGUCUUCAAAUGAUGGAAGAUCCAGGAAUCGGGACAGGCACUACGAUGAGGUUCCAGGCGAAUUGCCCUAUCAAGAUGGCACCAUAAGAAGUCUCCAGACUCUUCACGACAGUGAGCUGGCCCUGAGCUCUGAUCCUUUACCACCACCCCCUCUCCCAUUACAGCCACCAUUCGGCCCAGACUUCUACUCAAGUGACACGGAGGAACCAGCCAUAGCGCCGGAUCUCAAACCAGUAAGGCGCUUUGUCCCUGAUUCCUGGAAGAACUUCUUCAGGGGAAAGAAAAAGGACCCAGAAUGGGAUAAGCCAGUGUCUGAUAUCAAAUACAUCUCCAAUGGAGUGGAGUGUUCACCUCCAGCCUCACCAGCAAAACCAAACCACCGUUCGCCCCCCAACUCCUGCAAAGAUCCCUACGGAGGAGGAUCAGAAGGAACAUUUAAUUCCCAGAAAGAGACCGAUGCAAUGUUUCCCCACGACUCCUGUGGAUCUCUAGGCCGACACACACAAACAGCUCGAACGUACAGUGAGAAGGUGGAGGAGUAUAACCUGAGAUAUUCCUACAUGAAGUCCUGGGCAGGCCUGCUGAGAAUUCUGGGCGUGGUAGAGCUGCUUUUGGGGGCUGGUGUCUUCGCUUGUGUCACGGCUUACAUUCACAAGGACAGCGAGUGGUAUAACUUGUUUGGAUAUUCACAGCCCUAUGGCAUAGGAGGUGUUGGUAGCCUGGGCAGUACAUAUGGGGGUUAUUACUACAGUGGCCCCAAGACCCCAUUUGUACUCGUGGUUGCUGGUUUAGCUUGGAUCACCACCAUUAUUAUUCUGGUUCUUGGCAUGUCCAUGUAUUACCGGACUAUUCUUUUGGACUCUAAUUGGUGGCCCCUAACUGAAUUUGGAAUUAAUGUUGCCUUGUUUAUUUUGUAUAUGGCUGCAGCCAUAGUCUAUGUGAAUGAUACCAACCGAGGUGGGCUCUGCUACUAUCCAUUAUUUAAUACGCCAAUAAAUGCAGUGUUCUGCAGGGUAGAAGGAGGACAGAUAGCUGCAAUGAUCUUCCUGUUUGUCACCAUGAUAGUUUAUCUCAUUAGUGCUUUGGUUUGCCUAAAGUUAUGGAGGCACGAGGCAGCUCGGAGACAGAGAGAAUAUAUGGAACAACAGGAGAUAAAUGAGGCAUCUUUGUCAUCAAAAAGGAAAAUGUGUGAAAUGGCCACCAGUGGUGACAGACAAAGGGACCCAGAAAUUAAUUUCAAAGAAUUGAGAACAACAAAAAUGAAACCCGAACUCCUGAGUGGACACAUCCCCCCUGGCCACAUCCCUAAACCUAUCGUGAUGCCUGACUAUGUGGCAAAAUACCCUGUGAUUCACACCGAUGAUGAACGAGAACGCUAUAAAGCUGUGUUCCAAGACCAGUUUUCGGAGUACAAGGAGCUGUCUGCAGAAGUUCAGGCUGUCUUGAGGAAGCUUGACGAGCUGGAUGCGGUGAUGAGCAGGUUGCCUCAUCAUUCGGAAACCCGCCAGGAACAUGAGAGAAUUUCAAGAAUCCAUGAAGAGUUUAAGAAAAAAAAGAAUGAUCCUACAUUUCUGGAAAAAAAAGAACGCUGUGAUUAUCUCAAGAAUAAACUUUCUCACAUAAAGCAAAGAAUUCAAGAAUAUGACAAAGUAAUGAAUUGGGAUGUACAAGGUUAUUCUUAAACCUAUUUGAAACCAUUUUUUAUCGCAAACUGACUAUUUACUGCCUUUUUUAUGCUAGUCUCUGUGGUAGAAAAGCAAGUACUUCCUGAAUCAGCAUCUAGUUGGUCUAACCAGUACGCAAUGUUAAAAAGUAUGAUUUUUUUCCUUAGCUCAAUGGUUUUUCAAAAAAAAAAAAAAAAAGUGCUCGCUUC